CAGGCACUGUAGUGGGGGAAGGGGGCACCUCGACCCAGGGAGUGGCCUCGGCAGACUUGCAGGCGCUGGGGCUUCAGAGGCCACUCUGCCCACCCUGCAUUUCACAGAGAAGGAAGGGGGGGCUCAGUGACUUGCCCAGGGUGACUGCGGUAGGGAGCAGCAGGUCCUGAGGUCAUGCCUGUGGCCUCCGUGUGCCUAGAGCACAGGCAUGAGGGAGAGCUGUGACUGCAGAAUGCCCGGCCCAUCGGGAGCCUCUGAAGCCUGUUGAAUGAGGGCGUGUCCACCAGUGUGGGAGCAUCAGCAAUGGCUUCAUGGAGAGGGGUGUUGGGGCUGCAUUUGUUUAUCUAAAGGAAGAAGACCAAGGGGAAGUGACCACAACCAGCGCAAAGGCAUGGAGAUGGGGGAUGUGAGCAGACCGAUUUAGCCAGAUUGUAGUGACCGCUCUGCAGAAUCAGAGAAACGUCCCCUGGUCCUGGGAAGAGAGCUGGAGCGGAUCGGGGGCCUCCAGAGCUCCCCAGAGCAGGCCUGUUUGAUUCUAGUGAGCCACAGAGUGGCACGACUGUCCCUUAGUGGCAGCUGAGUGGAGGAUGCACUGGCGCUCUUGGAGACUUUCUGAGAAGGGGAGGGGAGACCCAGAACAGCGGCUUGAGAAAGGGUCAUUGGGUCUUGUAGGGGGUUAAUAAUGGGGGAAACCUGGGUAUGUGUGCAGGCAGAGGGGCAGAGACUGGAGGAAAGAAGUAACAAGUGCCAGGUGAUGUCGGAAGACUCCCCUAAGAUGGUUCACAUGUCUGCUGAUUUCUUCAGGGACUCAUUGGUGUCAUUUGUAAGCCACUGCCCAUAGGCAAGGCGCUUGAACAUGGAAGCCCUCCAAGGGGAGGUCCCGUGAAUCUGUACUCGGUCCUGUUCUGAGCUGUGGAACGAGAGCCCGGCUUGCCUCACCUGUUCAAAGAAUAGGUAGACAGGCUGCUGCAAGGAUGACCGGAUUGCGUUUUGGACCUGGAUGUUCUCCACAUACUUCAUGGAGAAGUGGGCCCCCAGGCAGGACGACAUGCUGUUCUACGUGCGCCGGAAGCUCUCCUAUGUGGGGAGCAGUGACAGCCCCAGCGAGGAUGGAAAGAAGCAGGUGGACGUGGAAGUUUACCGGCGGGACUCCAAGAAGCUGCCUGGCCUUGGGGACCCCGACAUUGACUGGGAAGAGAGUGUCUGCCUGAACCUCAUCCUGCAGAAGCUCGACUACAUGGUGACGUGCGCUGUCUGCACACGCUCAGACGGAGGCGACAUUCACAUCCACAAGAAGAAGUCCCAGCAAGUGUUUGCGUCUCCCAGCAAGCACCCAAUGGACAGCAAGGGGGAGGAGUCCAAGAUCAGCUACCCCAACAUCUUCUUCAUGAUUGACAACUUUGAGGAGGUCUUCUGUGACAUGACUGUGGGUGAAGGCGAGAUGGUCUGCGUGGAGCUGGUGGCCAGCGACAAGACCAACACCUUCCAGGGAGUCAUCUUUCAAGGCUCCAUCCGAUAUGAGGCCCUCAAAAAAGUCUAUGACAACCGGGUGAGCGUGGCAGCCAAGAUGGCCCAGCGGAUGUCUUUUGGCUUCUACAAGUACAACAACAUGGAGUUUGUGCGGAUGAAGGGGCCACAAGGGAAGGGACACGCAGAGAUGGCGGUCAGCCGUGUUUCCACCGGUGACACAUCCCCAUAUGGAACCGAGGAAGACUCCAACCCAGCCUCACCCAUGCAUGAGAGAGUGACUUCCUUCAGCACUCCUCCCACCCCAGAGCGGAACAACCGGCCAUCCUUCUUCUCCCCUUCCCUCAAGCGCAAAGUGCCCCGGAAUCGGAUCGCAGAAAUGAAGAAAUCCCAUUCGGCCAACGACAGCGAGGAAUUCUUUCGGGAUGAUGACAGUGAAGCAGACCUUCACAACACCACCAAUUUACGGUCGAGAUCUCUGUCUGGGACGGGGAGGUCGCUGGUUGGGUCAUGGCUCAAACUAAGCCGGGCGGAUGGCAACUUUCUCCUCUAUGCACACUUAACCUACGUCACGCUGCCCCUGCAUCGGAUUUUAACAGACAUUCUGGAAGUUCGGCAGAAACCCAUCCUGAUGACGUAGCAGUGGGCCCCAGAGAGCCAGCACUUCCCUGGGUGCUGCUGCCAAGUGCGAGUGCCUGUCUGCUGCGGUUCUCCGUGACACCUGCCGCCGUCGCCGCUGCUACCCCAGGCCCAGGGUCCAGCGUCUGCCCCACCUGGCCAGGCUUGCCCAAGGGAAGCCUCUGAGAACACCAGCCCCCCCCCCCAACUGAAGUGCCUCUUUCUCCUCCCAUGCCAGCUGGCCCCACCAUGGAUACGCCCCAGAUGCCCUGAUGAGGCUGGGAGAGUGAACCAAGCCACGCCGUUUCCAUGUUUUCAGACUGUUGAUCACAGGGUCGAUUUUCCAGCAGAUGAGAACAAACCAAAUGUCCACAACUUUGCUGGGGACUGUCUGAACCUACCGAGGGAAGGGUCUCACAGCGACACCCCUGACCACCUAGGCCUGUGCCGGCCCCUCUUUUGGUGACUAAUGACUCUGUGGGUAGGGGCUGGGGCCAAAGGAGGAGUGGACUUAGGACUCGGGAUGGGGUCUGGCCAGGCUGAGGGCAGUCCCUUUAAGUGUUCUGUGGCAACGGGGCUUCCUGGACAGCCAGCCCCCUCCUGCUUCCAGCCAAAGAAUACCCACCACCCAUUUGGAAAAUGCUCACUCCAGGCAAAGGCUGCCAGAGGCCCUGGAGAAGGGGGAGUGUGAGGCUGUCGCCUGGUGGGACUCCGGGAUCCCUGUGGGCUUGAACUGCCCAUCGGGCGUGGCGAUGUCAGCUGUCAUCUUGGGGGCCGGGGCUGGGGGAGGCUUCUCCUUCCUCUGACUGUAUGUUGGUCCCGUAUUUCAGUGAGAUGCACUGAGGUGUGACAGGAGUUGGCGAAGAUGCUGGGGGGAGGGGGGAGCGGCAGAAGUACAGCCCAGUGGGGGAAGGAAACUGAACGGAGGCGUGAAUUUCACCCACAGCCCAGCUGGCCGAGGCGGGUCCCAUCAUCCCAUUGACAAGGGGGCCUGUUCUGUUGUCCUGCUGAGGAUGGAGGUUCUCCGGGUCCGUCUGGAAUAAAUCUACUGCCCUCCUUC